CGGGGCUUCAAAGGCCAACGACCAGAGCGGCACUCGCAGGGACCAACCACACACACAGCAGAGCCAGAGCCAGAGCCAGAGGCGUGAUAUCUGCCGGCGUCUUCGUGCCGUUUGAGCUACGCCGUAGGUCGGGAGAUCGGGCGCCAGGGCCGAGAUGAGCUGCAGGACGAUGGGUGAGGAGGAGGAGUUCGAGGCGUCGUCGUGCGCGUCCUCCGGCGGCGAGUCGGGCGACGAGGGUGACCGGUUCCCGGGCAGCGCGGGCGGGCGCCGCCAGUCCGCGCCGCCGCUGGCGCCGCUGAGGCGGAUGAACUCGGACAGCAUCUACGACAUGUCCGGCAUGACCGCGCACCUCCCCGCCAAGAAGGGGCUGUCGAUGUACUACCAGGGCAAGUCGCAGUCGUUCGCGUGCAUGGCGGAGGUGAGGUGCCUGGAGGACCUGCAGAAGAAGGAGAAGCCGCGCGGGCAGCAAAAGAUGAAGCCCUGCAAGAGCUACGCCACGCUGGGGGUGGGAGGGAUGGCUAGAAACAUGAAGCCGGCGGGCUCCUCCUGCGCCAACCUGGGACUCAUGGACGCCGGCAACGGCUUCAUGGCGCCCCGGAACAUCCCCGUCAACGACAACUGCUACCAUCAGUAGGGCCGGGCGUCGAUCGGUUCAUCCUCAUCAGGGCUGUUAAAUCUCGUUUUGAUCUUCUGCUUCUCCUUCCGCGGGGGGCUCUGUUUGUUUGCAGGCGCAUUAGUCUGCGAAUGAUUCAUGAGAGGAACUUGUGUGUUCGUGUGAGGCGGUUGAGGAUGGAUGCUGUCAUGUACAUAUGGAGCUUGUAAACUGUAUGCGAAAAGUGUGUUUCACUUGCGCCACUGUAAUUGUGGAUCAGAAAGGGAUAAGAGGAAAA